CUGGCACCAUGCUGCCCGCGCGCUGCGCCCGCCUGCUCGCGCCCCACUUGCUGCUCGUGCUGGUGCAGCUGUCCCCGGCUCGCGGCCACCGCACCACGGGCCCCAGGUUUCUCAUAAGUGACCGUGACCCUCAGUGCAACCUCCACUGCUCCAGGACUCAACCCAAACCUAUCUGUGCCUCUGACGGCAGGUCCUACGAGUCCAUGUGUGAGUACCAGCGAGCCAAGUGCCGAGACCCAGCCCUGGGUGUGGUACAUCGAGGUAGAUGCAAAGACGCUGGCCAGAGCAAGUGUCGCCUGGAGCGGGCUCAGGCCCUCGAGCAAGCCAAGAAGCCCCAGGAGGCGGUGUUUGUCCCCGAGUGCAGCGAGGAUGGCUCCUUUACCCAGGUGCAGUGCCAUACUUACACGGGGUACUGCUGGUGUGUCACCCCAGAUGGGAAGCCCAUCAGUGGCUCUUCUGUGCAGAAUAAAACUCCUGUAUGUUCAGGUUCAGUCACCGAUAAGCCCGUGAGCCAGGGUAACUCAGGAAGGAAAGAUGACGGGUCUAAGCCGACACCCACGAUGGAGACCCAGCCGGUGUUCGAUGGAGAUGAAAUCACAGCUCCCACUCUCUGGAUUAAGCACUUGGUAAUCAAGGACUCCAAAUUGAACAAUACCAAUGUAAGAAAUUCAGAGAAAGUUCACUCUUGUGACCAGGAGAGACAGAGCGCCCUGGAAGAGGCCCGGCAGAACCCCCGCGAGGGCAUUGUCAUCCCCGAGUGUGCCCCCGGGGGGCUCUAUAAGCCAGUGCAGUGCCACCAAUCCACUGGCUACUGCUGGUGUGUGCUGGUGGACACGGGGCGUCCGCUGCCCGGGACCUCCACACGCUACGUGAUGCCCAGUUGUGACAGUGACGCCAGGGCUAAGAGUGCGGAGGUGGACGACCCCUUCAAGGACAGGGAGCUGCCAGGCUGUCCAGAAGGGAAGAAAAUGGAAUUUAUCACCAGCCUACUGGAUGCUCUCACCACUGAUAUGGUGCAGGCCAUUAACUCAGCAGCACCCACUGGAGGUGGGAGUAGGACGCCUCAUCUAAGGAGCAGAAAACCAAAGGGCAGGUGGAGAGACCAGGGAGGCAGGAUGCAUCACCAGACACCUGACCUUGGACGCUGCCCACAGCCCAGCCACAUCCCAUGUAACAUGAGUGGUGCCCACCGUGUUUGCACUUUUAAUAACUCUUACUUGUGUGUUUUCUUUUUGGUUUCAUGUUUAAACACCAAUAUCUAAUACCACGGUGGGAAAAGGAAAGGGAAGAAAGACUGUUCAUCCUCUUUUAUUGUUAAGGUUUUGGAUCUGCUACUGACAACUUUUAGGGUUCUGAGGGGGUGAGGGUCUUGUUGGGACUGAGAAGAAAGAGAUUUAUAUACUGUAUAUAAAUAUAUAUGUAAAUUGUAUAGUUCUUUUGUACAGCCAUUGGCACUGCUGUCUGUUUAUUCCUCUCCCUUUUCCCACUCUGGGUUGUGAGGGCUCUGGACACACGGCCCAGCUUUCUGGAACCCAGGACUCCAUCCCCAGCCCGCUUGGCUUCUGUUUGGAGACCGACCCCUGCGAUUAUAGUGCAGACUGCAUUAGUUCUUUUCUAGUGGGAGGAGGGCACCGCCUCUUGCCGUGGCUGUCAGAGUUGGCAAGUCACUUGGCGGUUGACCUUCUCAAGGGAGGCUGGGUGUGGGACAAUGGGAGGGGCCCCUGGAGGGAGGGCUCCCGUGCCCAUGUGUUCCUGCCAUCCGGACCCCCAGGUGACCCUGACACUGUGGGGGCACAGUGUCCUGGUGGCCCACUGAGCAAAUUGUCCUCCAAGGAUUUGCGUUAGGGUCAGUUGAAACAUUUCCACCCAUGUUUAGCAUCUACUCCAUGUAAAGCAUGAGAAGGGAGGCAAAGAAGGAAAAGACACACAGAGGGGCCUUUUAUUUAGUAGCUGUUUAGUAUCUGAGCAGCGGAGGGAAGAGGACAGAAGGCCUGCCCUGGUGAGUGUAGUACCCACAGGAGGCUUCUCACCUCCUGCAAACCCACGAAUGAGGUUUCCCGAGACAGCUCCCAGGGCCAAGGUCAGAUUAGGCUUUUACUUCCACUCUCCUCUAUCUCCCCUUGCCAUCCUCUGGUCAUCAUAAGCCUGAGGGAAGAGUUGUGUUGGUCACCUUGUUGGAAACUCAGUUUUCUUUCUUAAAACUCAGUACUGAGGUUCUUCCUGUUCCCUUAAAUGCUCUUAAAGGCUUCCAGGCUUGAGGCCAAUUCCAGAGCAAAGCUCAUCUUGGGCCUCGCACUUCUGCCUCGCCUAGAAGUGCAGAGAUAAUAACCCAGCUAUGGGGAUGUCCAGGCCUAGCUUUCCACAGACGUUUUACUGUGAUUCCAAUGUGGAAUCCAAUGUGCUGGGCAGCCUUCGGGUCAGAUGCCAGCUUCUUCUGCCCGGGUGACCAUGCCUAUGUGACAGUCAUCAAAGAGCAACAAGUGGCACUUAGCACCCCUUCCAUGAGCAGGCGUGGCAGCAGUGAGGGAGGGUGGGUGGUAGCCCAGGACGGGUGCCCCUAUGGAUUGCUUUUGGAAAUCUGGCCACAUCUUGUGCAUCUCAUACCCCAUCCCAGUAUCCCAUCCUCUGACUGGAGAAGGUUCUUGCUGUCUGGGUGAAAGUCCCAGAGCUUGUGUUAGGGUGACUGGAGGCCCCAUCCCAACAUGGUAAGGUGGUAGCCCAUUAGUUUGGACCAGAAAGCUCAGCGUGCUGGAACUGGAUGGACUUUCCAGGAGACCCCAGUCCCCUACUCUGGCCAGGAGGAAGCACCUCCUUGUAGAAAGUCAGACUCUCCCCUGGGCCUCUUCUCUCUCACACAUGUGUGGAGGCUGUGUUGUGUGGUUUUCCUUUGUGAGGAGGGAGGGAGACUAUUUGUAGCUUAUUUUAUAAAAAAUAAAAAUGAGUCAACCUUG